AUGCCAGAAUCGGAUGAAGAAAGAAAGCGUUCUGAGGAUCAGAAAGCCCAAGUUUUGCAGCAUCAGUAUAACAGAUAUCAAGAGACUAUGACUGAAUUACAAACACAGUUAUCUACCUUCGUAUCCCAAAUUCAAGAACAUCAACUCGUGGAUAAAUCCUUAACAGCAAUCCCUCCACAGUCUAGAAAUAAUCGAAAAUGCUUUAAAAUGAUAGGUGGAGUUUUAGUUUCGAAGAGCGUGGACGAUGUGAUAAAACUCUUAGAUGGCGAGAUCAAGGGAUUAGAAGCCCAGCAAAAGAAGACAGAGAAGGUGUUACUCGAUACAAGAAAGGAGAUGGAGAGCUGGAUGAAAACAAACAAUGUAAAGAUCGUUAGAGGUGCUAAUUAA